AUGAAAAUCAGCUGCAUCUACAAGCAAGCUCUCUGCCUGAUGAGCUUAUUGGUUUUAACCUGCGACAGCAAAGGUCCAAUGAAGAGAAUUUGUUCUAUCGCAAGAAUAAGUAAAGAGAACGAAAAACUUCUUAAUAAGACAGCAGAGUUCCAAAAACUUUUUCCAGAUGACAUAACCAACAUAGAGCUGUUGACUGAAGAACUGAAAAACGAGUUUAUGGCGAACUGCAGUACAAGACUUCAUUUGCUGUCCUUUUAUACAAAUGUGCUGCUUGCAGAUAUGGUAUUGCCUGAAACCCAGAAAUAUGGCAUUGAUGAAGCCUUUUUACAAAUUGAACAUAUGCUGAAGUUAUGUUGGUCUAUUAACUGCCAAGUAACUAAAUCGACGGAAGAAUCAGAAGAAAUGAAGGAAUUCAGAAAUAAGAUUAGUAAGAUUACCUUUAAGGAGAAAUUACAUAAAGCCAUCAGUGAAAUUGAUACACUUCUUACAUGGAUCAAUUCUUUCAUCAAAGACAUCAAGAGAAAGGGGAAAUGA